ACGAGUGGUUGUUGGUUAGUUCAGACGUGUAUAAAGUUAAAGAAUAUAAGUUCGAAGUCGAAGUGCAGUGAGUGCAUAUUAUAGUUACGAACAGUUGAACAUUCGUAUGCGAAAUUUUUGUUCUUUUUAAUAUCAAAUUGAAGGAACAGACGAAAACGUGUUGAAAAGAAAACUGGAUUAUUUGUUAAAACAAAAAAAAAAACAAAAAAACGAUAGAAAAUGGAUUGUUGACCAGUUAUAAAAGUGAAGUUUAAAUGAAACGAAUGGAUUAAUUUGAGAAACGACCGAAUUUUUGUUAAUUGUUAACUGGCAUAAUAAUGGAUUAAAUGCAUCGCAAUUGGAAACGAUCUCAGUGAAUUGAACUGCAAACUCUGAACACCCUAUCAACAUGUUAAAGUGGACCGUGUCCAAGAGAACGGACUCCUCGGAGCCGGUAUCAUUGAUCCUGAAACCCAAACCACCAGCAUCACGUCGAUCGCUCGGAAAUUUACAUCGUCCGCUAAGGAACCGUGACGACCGCGAAAAACGUCGCCAGUCGCUCGGUUCAACCGAAAUGGUGCGACGAAUCAACAACCACAACAAAGAGAACAACAUCAUUGCCACACCGCAUCCGAUGACAAAUCGAACGGGCAGCAGUACACCGUACGCGAAAUUGGACUUUGCACUCAGGGAUCUGAGCAAUUUGACUCCGAACACUACGCCGAUACCGAAUACGGUGACGCCGAGUCGGAAACGGCAUUUGCCACUGUCACCGGUCGAUCAAAAUACGCAACUGAAACCACAAUAUGCGUCGACACUUCCUACGUUCGAUAUUGAAUAUUCACCGUGUGGAAUGAAAACCGGACCCAUGAUCGCUUUACGCGGUUUGACCAUGAAAGAUUCGUACUUUGACAAUCCGUGUUACUUUCGCGACGAAGCGCCGGCUUCGAAGCGCUUGAAAUUCUCGCCGGAAGUGACUCCGUUGUCUAGGAGACUGUCCGAAUUACGUUUUAGUAAAAUGAGCUUUAAGCGAAACAACAAACGGUUGAGUGCCGAUGACGAUUCGGUGUUAAGCUCUAAAGCGUUGGACGAUACAGAGCUGGAGAAAAUGAUCGACGCGAUUUUGGAAAGCUCCAGAAAAGCGACCCUGUGUUCGGACAGAAAAUCAGAACGAAGAAAGAGACUGAACACUUCACCGACAUAUACACCAGCCGAUGACCCGGCAGCCGAUUUGAAUACGUUUUGCGAUAAUUUCCAAGUGUCACCGGAACUGCUGCAAGCUGGCGACAAGACAAUCAUAAUUGAGGAACCACUUGCGGUCAAUGAACGCGAGGUGCGAACUCCCGAUUCGGAAGGUGGUAGAGCAGCACAGAAGAGAAAUACCAAUGAAACGAGUUGCCAUUUGAGACGCCAGAGAGCCGUGCGAAGAAAGACAACGAAAACCGAAAAGUGUCACAAGGUCACGACGAAAUCCAUUUCCGUAACCACCAGCCCGCAUACACCAUUGAAAGAACAACCAACGAAGCACAGUUCGUGCAUCCGUAAAAGUAUUGAAGACUUUGCUGCCAUGGAAACGCCCACCUACUUUGGAAACCAUUUCGAAUGCAACAAGCACCACGGACCGAACAGUUCGAAAAUGUCGUACGAAAGUACACCGGGCAUCGAGGCCAACGAUGUGCAGGGCAGCUCUACUCCGACUGGAGCAUCGCAAACCAUCCGACGCUGUUUGAUGUUCUCCGAAUCACCAGAUUCCAUGGAGGAUUCGAUGGACAAACGGAAAUCGGUUGCAUCGUCAACGGCGUCUCGAUGCUCGAAGUCAUCGGUUGGUGUGAUCCUGGGCACAUUGGAUCUGUCGAUAGUGGUCGAUGAGGAAAAGAUACAAAUUCACGUUAUUCGUUGCAAGGAUCUUAACCGACAGAACGGUGGUGAUAUCAACGCUUAUGUGAAGGUUGCACUCCUGCCAGCCGAAUCAGGAACUGAAAAUGGAUUUCAACGAACAGCCGUUCAACGUAACUCAUCGAAACCGUUCUUUGACCAUCGUUUCACGUUUGAUCGUGCACCGAACGAUUCGUCGAAACGAAUUCAAUUGGCCGUCUGGCAUCGUGAUCGUGAAUUCAAACGAAGCGAAUUUCUCGGUUGCAUGUCCUUUCCCAUCAGGAGCAUCGUCACCGAACUGAGCGGUUCGUAUAAGCUACAGCCACAGUCAUGCCUAACCGCACCCAUUCCGGCUGUGUUAUCCGAUGUGAUGAUGGCACAAAGUGCCGAUGAAAUGAUCACAAGCGCUUCGACGCUGAACAGUGAUUCGUUCGCCAUUCCGCUGAGCCGAAAGGGAAUUUUCCAACGAGACGCCGACGAACAUUUGUUUCUGCGAUUUUUGGAAUUGGACACGAAUGAUGACGACGCUGCUGACGAUCCAUUCAAACCGAAGGGUCGGACGAAAUUCACGAUCACCAAAAAUUUAGUCAAAACCGACGAUCAGGGUUACGGUUUCUCGAUCGUAUGGACGCAUCCGCCACGGAUCGAAAAGGUCGAAACUGGUUUACCGGCUCAACGUGGAGGUAUUGAGCCCGGCGAUUAUGUCGUAUUCGUCGACAAGCAUAAUGUGGUCACGAUGCCGGAAACGGACAUUCUGAAUCUGAUACGAACGCUGGGAAAUGCGAUGAGUCUGGAAGUGUUUCGUCGGUCGAAUGAGUCGUUCGGCGGUAAGUGUGUUAAGGCUCGCAUUCCCAGUAUGGCGGUUUGUGGCAGCGAACCGAUGGUCGAUUCGAUUACGCCGAGACCGUUGUCGAUGCCGUGUUCUAGUGUUAGCUAUGCUAUUGAGAGUGUUAAGCGAUUGCCGCAGGUGGCGUUUAGUAAAGAUAUUGGUCAUGGAGUGAUUGUGUAGUCGGCUUGGCGGUUUUAAGUUUAAUUUUUAUUUUAUUUUUUAAAUUUAGUUGAGGCUUAGUUUAACAAUCCAAAAUGGCUGUGAAGAUCGGUUCUUUUUAUUUGUUUUUUUAUUUAAUUUUUCGGUUUUAAGUUUUCGUCCAAUUUGUCACCCAUUUUAUGUUACGUUUGGCCGAUCCAGUCAGAAAAUCGCAAAAUAUUUUGUCAAAAUUGAAAUUAUAAUUUACAAAGAAAAAUCAAGGCAACGGAAGCCAA